GAGAAAAUGAGAUUAUAUUACUUAAAGUCUCGAUUCAAAACAGAUGAUCUUUGGAUUCACCAAAAAAGCAAGUUUUUCGCAUCUUCCGAGACCGACUUCCCGCCGAGGCCCGUAUAUUUGCCAAGUGGGUUGCUUCAUAUUCGACUAAACGGUAACCCGAUUGUCUGUCACCACUGCACCGAAUGCUGAGUCGAGGUACCAAGUAUCUUCUCGCAGGCCACCGCCCAAAAGUCGAAACAAAACGAAGUAUUUCUCAGAGCCUUGGCAUCUCGGCGGCGUCUGAUUCACAAAAUCAUCUCAUACCAGAACCGUUAGACCGAUCUGCGGCAUUGUUUCCGACGUUUUUCGCACCGUCUAGCUCUCUGAUUUCCAUUUUUCACACUCACCUUUAGUGAACCCCUCAUACUCAUAAUCAUACCCCAACCAUGGCUGAGGUGCAAGCAAAACUGCAAAAGCUGUCGGAGGAAUACCAGGCACUGCAACAGGAACUUCAGACCACCGUCCAGUCGAGGCAAAAGUUGGAGGCUCAGAGGCAGGAGAACCUUGGCGUAAAAGAGGAGUUUGACAAGCUCAAGGAUGGCGAGCAGAUCUACAAGUUGGUCGGCCCCGUGUUGCUGAAGCAGGAUAAGGUCGAGGCCGAGAGCACGGUCAAGGGCCGUCUAGACUUCAUUACCAAGGAGAUUGAGAGACAUGAAGGUUUGAUCAGAGACGCCCAGGGCAAGCUGGAGAAGAAGAAGGGCGACAUCAUCCAGAUCCAGACCAGCGCACAAGCUGCGGCGAGUCAGGCGCAGAAGGCAUGAUGCCGGCGACAGCGACAGCAACAGUGGAUGAAUGGGAUCAGAAAAAGAAAAAAGCACACAAAAUGAAGG